AUGUUGAUCCUAUCCUGUGCAUCCAAGUUGCAGUUGCUGGAGACGCUGCUGAAGAGAAACCUCCCUCAGACAGUUGCGGUAAUCUUGAGUUUUGUAAUCUGGUUUAAGAGCUAGGAAUGGGGGCAGGUUCCUGUCAACAUCUCUUGAUCUUUCUAAAACUCCACAUUUUGAAUCUGAGAACACCAUUAUAUGUUACAUUUUUAGGUGCAUGCCUUAAGAGUUUACGUUCAACACGAAGGUGCUUGAAAAUGUGUGUAUCAUGUUGAUAUGCUCAGCAGAGAGCUAGGAUUCGUGAGAAAUAUGUGUAAUAUGUGACACGGCCUUGUGGGCUCCUAGAUUUUGUUAAUCAGCUGGUUAACAGGAAGUCCUCAGUCAAGGUAAUACCAUUCAAGGGCUAGUCACUAACAGUGGGGAUUCAUGCAGCAGAUCAAAAUCUGAAUUAGGGGCCACACCACCGAUUCUCUCCUCAAAUGUUUGUCUCAGGCUGCUUCUUUCAGCUGGAACACCAAGGGAAAUCAACAGAUUCUCCUGUCCCUUGUGCUUGCUCAGAUCAGGACACCCCACUCAAGGCAUGCAGCAGAAACAAGCCUGACACACCAGACCCCACACAUUUCUCAUAGGCUGCCUCCUUCAACUGCAGCACCAACUCUGACAUCCUAUGACUUUUGACAGGUCUAUGGUGCAGUCGUGAAUAUAAACCGUGGGAACCCAGUGGGCCAUGAGGUGAUUGUGGAUUCUUGGCCGGAUUGCAAAGCGGUCCUGACUCGUCCACGGACGGAGGUAGUAGCCUUUGGGGAUUUUGUGGGGGGUGCUUUGUGGGAUGUCAGCAGGAAAUGCUGCGUGUUCUGUGCUGGGACUCUGAGCCAGGCUCAAAAUGAAAGGGGAUGUUGGCUCUUGUUUAGGAGGUAGAGCUGCCUUUCACCUUUGUGGUGCAUUGCACCAGGGCGCCGGCCUCUCAGGGCCGCCCCAGCAAGUGGGGGAGCUGCGUGGUUUUGCUGGCGGUCUCCCCUUUCCCUGCACGCCUGCCAGCUGUGCCCGCAGAGGCUUGGGAUGGAAGCUGUGCCCCGCCAACUAUAUGGCUGGCGGGUGCGCAGCCUCUGUGGGGAUUGCUCUCCUGCUGCAGCUUGUGGGAGAGUUAACCCCCCCCCCCAAGGCUGGCAGUGCGCACUCUCCUCCCCCCACUACCCGUGGUAAUUUGGGGGCAUGGGGAGGAUAUUUGAACCCUGGCAUCUGCUAAAGACAACCCUGUUAGGAGGGCACAUUUGGCAUUAGAGCAGGUCAAACUUCACCCAUCAUUUCAUCUCAACAUCAGGAAAAGCUUUACCUGUUAAAGUGUCAGGAAUUUUAACAGAAUAAAUUUGGCACAGGAAUUUUAACAGAAUAAAUUUGGCAACCUGAGAAGAACUGGUUAGAGAAGGAGAUGGCAGGGAGCCUAUCCUAAUGAGUUCCAUCUCUCUCUCUUUUAGGCCGAUACAGACAAUACAGAUUUGUAUAAAAACAUAUAUGCAGCCUUUUACUGGGAUCUUGAUGUGUACCGGAGACUGUUGCUGGACACAGAUGCUGUCAACUGGAAGCAAACCUUUCGUCUCUAUGGUAAAAGGCAGUUCUUUCUAAGGGAAAAGUUAUGAGAUGACAGAGUCCCCCCCCCCUUUUAAAUGACAUUACUGUCAUUAAUGUAAACUGUGGUGGCUGGUUCUCACUGGAACUGGUAGGGCAGAAGGCAGGGAGACCAACAUAGGUGGAUCCAGAACCCAUAAUAGGCAGCAUUUGCCUUCUACAAGAGGCAAAACUGAGACUGAGGAGGAAAUUGAUAGACGUGCCCCCCCCCCUGCAGAUUGGAUGAAAGUAAAAAGCAGGUGGGAAGAGCUGACUGUGGGCAGAUAGCGCUUGAUGAAGCAGGCCCCAUUCACCCUGAAAGACCAGCCUCCACUGAAUAUAAAUUGCAGGACCAGCACGGCCAUCAGGUGGAGUGAGGCAGUGGAUGCCCGAAGGUGGUACCCUCGCUUGCCCCAAUAAUAAUAGUAAUAAUAGUAAUAAUAAUAAUAUGAAUGCUUUUAAAAUGUCGAUAUCAGGUGUCAAAUUGGAAGAUGGGUAGGGGGCUUUAACAUUUUGCCCCCUACUGUGGUCCUGAUGCACUGAACAACUUCUUGCCCUAUCCUCAAAAAGCAUGACGGAGGAAUUCAAGAUAGAAAAAGGGACACGACAAGGUUGCCCAAUCUCCCCAUUGCUUUUUAUAUCGGUCCUGGAGGUCCUGCUGAAUAUGAUUAGAAGGGACCAAUUGGUUAAAGGUAUAGAAGUCGGAGCUAAACAGUACAAAUUGAGAGCAUUUGCAGAUGACUUAGUAUUGACACUACAGGAGCCAGAAUCUAGUACUAAAAGGGUUUUGGAACUGAUUCAAGAAUUUGGUCAGGUUGCAGGAUUUAAACUGAAUAAGUUAAAAACAAAGGUCUUAGAGAAAAAUUUAACAGCGAUUGAGAGAGAGAGGUUUCAGAAUGAGACAGGUUUAACAGUGGUUAAGAAAGUGAAAUACCUGGGGAUUAACAUGACAGCUAAAAAUGGGAAUCUAUUUAAAGACAAUUAUGAAAAAUGUUGGGCUGAAGUGAAAAAGAUUUAGAAAUUUGGUCAAAUUUGAAGCUUUCACUGCUAGGCCGUAUUGCUGCGAUAAAAAUGAAUGUAUUGCCUAGAAUGUUGUUUUUGUUUCAAACAUUGCAAAUUUUGGACAAAAUGGAUUGCUUCAAGAAGUGGCAGAGAGAUAUCUCUAGAUUUGUCUGGCAGGGCAAGAAGCCCAGAAUAAAAUUUAAAAUACUAACGGAUGCAAAGGAAAGAGGUGGAUUUGCCCUGCCAGACCUUAAACUUUAUUAUGAAUCAGCAGCUUUUUGCUGGCUGAAAGAAUGGCUGCUUCUUGAAAACACAGACAUUUUGGACUUAGAAGGUUUUAAUAAUGUAUUUGGAUGGCAUGCAUAUUUGUGGUAUGAUAAGGUCAAAGCACAUAAAGCAUUUAAAAAUCAUAUUGUCAGGAAAGCAUUGUUUAAUGUCUGGAUAAGAUAUAAGGAUCUAUUGGAAAAUAAAACCCCAAGGUGGCUGUCACCGAUGGAAGCGAAAGCACAGAAAAAGCUCAAUAUGGAGGCCAAAUGGCCGAAAUAUUGGGAAAUUCUGGAACCAGAGGGAGAUAGAUUGAAACUGCAGAGUUUUGAGAAACUAAAAAAACAAAGUGCGAGAUUGGCUUCAUUAUUAUCAGAUAAUGGAGGCAUAUAAUUCGGACAAGAAAAUUGGCUUCCAGGUGGAAAAAUCAAAAUUAGAAACAGAACUGUUAGAACCCAAAACUAAGAUUUUGUCAAAGAUAUAUAACUUGCUGUUGAAAUGGAAUACUCAGGAUGAAACGGUGAAAUCUGCUAUGAUUAAAUGGGCACAAGAUGUUGGACAUAACGUAAUGAUGGCUGACUGGGAACAAUUAUGGACCACAGGUAUGAAGUUUACGGCAUGUAAUGCCUUAAGAGAAAAUAUUAUGAAAAUGAUUUACAGGUGGUACAUGACACCAGUCAAGCUUGCAAAAAUCUAUCAUUUGCCCGAUAAUAAAUGCUGGAAAUGUAGAGAAACUGAAGGUACAUUCUAUCACCUUUGGUGGACGUGCCCGAGGAUUAAGGCUUUCUGGGAGAUGAUUUAUAAUGAAAUGAAAAAGGUAUUUAAAUAUACCUUCUUGAAGAAACCAGAGGCCUUCCUCCUGGGCAUAGUCGGCCAAUUGGUGCCAAAGAAGGACAGAACUUUCUUUAUGUAUGCAACAACAGCAGCAAGAAUACUUAUUGCAAAAUAUUGGAAGACACAAGAUUUACCCACCCUGGAAGAAUGGCAGAUGAAGGUGAUGGACUAUAUGGAAUUGGCGGAAAUGACUGGCAGAAUCCGAGACCAGGGAGAAGAGUCGGUGGAAGAAGAUUGGAAGAAAUUUAAAGACUAUUUACAGAAAUACUGCAAAAUUAAUGAAUGUUAGAAUGAUGUCAGAAUGAAGUUAAGUUGUUUUAGCAGCAAUGUUAUAAAGGUGUAUGUAAAAAUGGAUUGUUAAUAGGUGAGAAUCUAAAGCUAUAAUAUAUUAUGUUAAAGGAUUAAGACAAAAACAAAGAGGGAAAGGAAUUGCUGAAUUAACCAAUUGAACUGGAAUACAAAAAAGGGAGGUGAGAGGAGGUCAGGGAAGCAAGGAAAUGAAAUGUAAGGCACGGAAAGAUUGAUUUGUUUUUAAGUGUUUUUUAUUUUUUUUCCUGUAUUUUGUAUUUUUUUCUUUUUUCUUUUUUCUCUUGUUUCUUUUCUUUUUAUCUAUGUAAUCUUUUGUUUCUGAAACUUUAAUAAAUAUCAUUUAAAAAAAAACCAUACACAUAUAUCCUUCUCUUUGCUGUUGAAUAUUUUACUAUUUUACAGGGUACCAGAAUGGGAUCUAUGAUGUCUCUAAAGAUGCUGCUGCCACCAAGAAAAUUCAUCUGACUGCAACUCCCCACUUCACCUACCUGAACCCUAACCCAGAUAAAAUGCCUCAGCGCCAGUAAGUGUCCACCUUGCUCCCCCCCUUUCUUCCUUUCUGCUUGAGGAACUGGUUAACCUGUGGUGCUUCCAGUUGGAGAAUCUCCAUAGCCAAAAUACUAUGGUCAAACCUUGCAUUCACUCUUUCCAAGUCUGCCUUCUCCUGGCUGGCACAGCAAAGUUUCCUAAAAAUGUUUUGUCUAUUAAUGGCUAUGUUGACACCAUAAAGCAGCCCAUGUGUGCAAAAGCAAAAUGGUUUCCUGCUUGCGACUUACUCAGGUUGCUGGCCAGUGUUAACAUGUGUUGGACUAGAUGAUCUGAGCCAAAAAGGUGGUUCCUGGGUUCUUCCAACAUCUCUGUCUAUAUUGUUCUUGCCUGUCUUUUCUUCCAGGCUAGAUCCCAGCUUCACAAUUUCCACCUUGAAAAGCUCCCAUGUUGACAUCCUAAAUGAAACAUGGCACCAUGGGGGCAAUGAACAAAGCCGACGGUACCUGGACAACAUGGUGAAGUGCUUCCCCAAUAUCUGCAUCCUGGACAGCAAUGGUCAUCCUAUCAGCUGGGGCAUCACAGAUCCUAUUGGUGCACAAAUACAUGGCUACACCCUUCCAUCCCACCGCCAAAGGGGCUACUUAGCUAUAGUAUUGAGGGCACUGUCCAUGAAAAGCCAUGUGGCAGGGUGCCCUGUAUAUGGCCAUACUGCCAUGAAUAAUGUCCAAAUGCAGAGGUUGCUGGAAUAUAUGGGCUUCCAGAGAUUAUCUGAAUUGUGUCAUCUCUGCAUACAUUCUUCAGUUUAG